AUGAAUCCGUCCUCCUCAAAAUGUGGCGUAUGUGGCGAGCCAGCGGAUUCAGUGCAUUUUGGUGCACAUUCUUGUAGAGCCUGUGCCGCAUUUUUCCGCCGACGAGUAGUGUCCGGAAAAUUGAACCCAAAAUGUAGAUGUGCAGGAAGAUGUAAUACUCAUAAUCAACUGUUGAGAAGGCUCUGUCCAUCGUGCCGUUAUGAAAAAUGUGUACAAAUUGGUAUGAGAACGUGUGCAGUGAUGUCCAGAGUGGUACCAAAAUCAGAAGCUGAAACCAAUCCGUGGAUUGAGAAUAGCUUAUUGGAGCAGAUAAAAGUGGCAUAUGGAAAAUUGGUGAACGCCAGAUGUGAGGUUUUUAAAAAGAAGACCCGAGUACCUAAACGAGCCAAUUACAAAGCUUUCAACGAAACUGUCUCCAUUGACAUCGUUCUCAUAAAACAACACCUCUCGGAAUUUUUUCAAUCAAUCACUCCAGUCCCCGAAGAGCAGAAAGCAAUUCUAGGGGCCAAUUUUUUAGUACCGUAUGCGUUGCUCGAUGGUGCUUAUCGAUCUCAAGAUAGCGAGCUAUUUCUAAUGGUGAACGGGGAUUAUUUCGAUAGACGAGAUAUUGAUUCAUUCUAUCAGGACUCUAGUGAUAAUGAUAGGAAAACUGCUGAACAUUUGAAGGCGUUGAUGACCCCAUACUUCACCCUCAACUACCAGAUGCUCCGGAAACAUGUGAAAGAAGUGCAUCUGGAUGAAUCGGAAUUCCUAUUCAUUUGUGCUUUGAUAUUAUGGGAUUUCGGCAUCCCUAACCAAACAGAAGAAUGUAUUCGAAUAUGCAAACAAAUGCGUUCACGGAUAUUUGAAGAAUUUUCAAAUUAUGAAAAGCUCAAAAACCCUUCAGGAGAUUAUUCGAUGCGAGUUGGAGAAAUCGUCAUAAUACUUCAAGGAGUACAAAAAGCUGUGUUUCUGAUCCAAGAAUCUCGGGAUGUGUUUUUGGCGUAUGGGUUAUGUGAUAAGAAUAAUAUAUUGUCUGAAAUGUCGAUUGCAAAAUAA